AAAUCUGGAUUCAAUAAAGGAACGUCUUCCAACAUACUGUACUAACGUAGUAGUUUUUUAACUUACAAAAGCUGAUUAAAGGGAAGUUGUUGUUAUUGAGUGGUUACUGUAGUUGAUCUUCGUCUCGUGUUAAUAAAGCAUGGAGUCAAAGAAAAAAGGUGCUCCACCGAAGCUGAACAAAUUCAUGCACCAACGGAAUCGUUACCGUACUCCUCCCAGCUUUAAGAAGCUUGCCACUCAAUAUCCAGAAUUUCGGGAACACUGUACAUAUGAUCUAAGUGGAAAGGUUCACUUAGAUUUCAAGAACCCAAAAGCAGUACGGGCACUUACAACCUGUCUACUGGAUCAAGAUUUUGGACUAAAGGUUAGUAUCCCAGAUGAUCGACUAGUGCCAACACUUCCCUUACGCCUCAACUAUCUCCUAUGGAUAGAAGAUCUGAUGACACAUGCAGCACGUUAUGAUUCUGAACACAUGGUUGUAGGAGCUGAUAUUGGUGUCGGGGCAGCGUGCAUUUAUCCAUUAUUAGGAGCUAAACAAUUUGGUUGGUGUAUGUUGGGUACAGAAACUGACCAGCUCAGUUAUGGAAGUGCAACAACAAAUGUACUGAAUAACAACUUACAAGACAGGGUAUUUGUAAAGAAGGUUGAAAAUGGGAUUAUUCUUAAAGGUGUACUUGAUGAAAAAGAGGCUCAGAGUCAGAUAUUAGAAAGCAAAUUAAGAAGAAAACAAACUGAAGAUGCUGACCUGUCCAAGAACAUUGAUACUACUGACUCACAGACACCCACACAAACUUCUCAAAGUGAAAUGAAGAUUGAUGGUAGUCACUGUACAUCUGAUUCACAGUCAGAUAAGCUGAAAGCUGUGAAAAAUAAAAAUGAAGAAUUGAGCACAUUCUUUUAUGACUUCACAAUGUGCAAUCCACCAUUCUUCAGUUCAGAGGAGGAAAUGGAUACAAUGAAGAAGAGCAGGAAGGACAGAGGGGAGCCUGUCAGUGCUGCAACUGGUGCAGUCCAUGAGAAGGUUACAGCAGGUGGAGAGAUCACCUUUGUCACACAGAUGAUAAAGGAAAGUCAGCUGUUAAAGGACAAAAUCAGAAUCUUCACAACCUUGAUUGGAAGCAAGGCUCAUGUGAAGCCUAUUAAAACUGCACUAAAUGGUGCCAACCCGACAUGCUCAGUAUUGACAGAAUUUUGUCAAGGGAGAACCAUGAGAUGGGGUAUAGCUUGGUCCUUUGAUCCUACACUACAUCUAGACUAUGUGAAGAGUAAGAAAGACAUAGUAACCAAUAAACCACUUGUUUUAAUUAUGCCUCGUAGCCUCAUGACAGUGUAUUCUGUCAUGGCUGCUUGGAACAUGAUCAAGAAGUGGCUACAACAACUCAAGGUGAAGGUGCGAGUUUUGAAAAGCAGUAAAUAUUUUGUAAGUGCUAACGUGAAGGCUUUUAAAGCUACUUGGCUACAUCAGAGAAGAAAGAAGCGUGAAGAUAUGAAAAAAGGAAUGACUACAAGCAAGGGUAAGAAAGAGAUUGAGGAGCAUAAUUCAGAAGAAAAUGAGGCAACAGAUCAUGACAUAACGAGACUAUCACUUAAAAGGAAGAGAGAGAGACUGGAGACAUCUCAACUUGUAGAGCAGAAUGAGGAGGAACAGAAGAGAAAAAAUCCCAAGAUAUGUGUAGGCAGUACAUAUGAUGAAAAUAUAAAUGGGUCUGGCAAGGCUUUGCCUAUGGAGCAAACCUCAUCUAAGAGGUCCUGUAGCAGCCAUCAUCUGGAUAUCCUAAACAGUCAGUCUGAAAAUUCUCAAGAAAUUGGAAAGCAGGAAAGUUUAGAAAUAGUACAAGAGAAAGAAAAACAGCAUAAUUUAGGCAAUGAUAAAAUGGAAAGAAGCGACUGUAUCCUUAGGUGUAACUUCCAGGUGAAGCAGCUAGGACGACUUAUCAAUAUGGAGGCUUAUUUUCUGGAUGGUUCCUCUGGCAAAGAUGGGCUUAACCAACUGCUUCAGUUCAUGCGAAACCAGCUUACUAAACCAACUCCAUAAGUUUUUAUUGGGAAAUAACUUCUGAAUUUAAUUCUAAAUUCCUAUAAUGACUCAUGUUAACUUUAAGAUUAAAGUACAAGAAGGUAACCCAUAAGUUUAUACACAUAAUGGCAUGAUUGAAACUGACAUUUCAUCAAAAUUGUGGGAACUCAGUGGUUACCAAGGAAACCAAAGUAAGGGUAAGGUGGGACUUCAGAGAUUAUGAUUUUUGGACUUAUUAGUGUCAAAUAAUUAUGAAUGAUGUUUCUAAUAAUUAUAAAUAACAUACUUUUUAGAUAGUUUAAUAAUACCUCUAUGAUAAAUAUUGAAUGGUGAUAUUUCUUCAUCUAUGACAUUAGUAAAGUACAGUUAUUACCUUACAAGAAAUGGACAGAAAUGAAAUUUGUUUUGCAAGCUGCAACUUGUCUCUAUUUCACUUAAACAUACCCUGACAAGAACUUGUUGAAACAAUAAACAGUAAUGCCACACAGCCAAUGUGAGCCUAGAAGCAAUGCAGGCUGUCUCAUAGGUCACACACCAUAGGAAAAUUAAUCGUCUCUAGUUUUCAACAAGUCAAAAAAGAUGGCUGAGAAAUUAACACUGGAGGAAAGAGCCAGUUUAAUAUCCAUGUUUGGAAAGCCAAAUGUUAAACACUAAUCGGUUUCAAAAGAAUUUAUACAACCACCACCAAAUGACUGCGUGUUGUCGAUUAAAUUUUUUGUUUAACUGAUAGGUGUGAAGCAUCUGGCUUUUCGUACAUCAUUAUUAAACCAACCUUUUCCUCCAGUGUUAAUUUAUCUUCCACCUUUGUUGAAUUGUGAUUUCCUCACCUGAAAAAUAGAACAUUAAUUUACUAAAGGUGCGCGGCCUGUGAGUACCUGGUUACCCUUUAGACGAUAAAAUUUUAACAAUUCGAAUUGAACCUUGUGAACUACAGUUCAAUGUUGUCUCUGACUUUUUAUAACUAUUGAUUUAUAUCUCGCUCCUGUAAUGAAUAUAAAUAUCCUGAACUUAAAAUUUACCCGUCAAAUAUACUGUACGGUACUCACUAUGUUGACUUAUCCCUUGGAAGUUUCACCUGUUUCCUCAAAAAAUAAACUUGACAAUCUACUGCAAGACCAUAUACAGCCAUUGUAAGGGUGAACCCAAAAGAAGAUUACAACUAAAAAAAUAAUAAUUCACGCCAUUUAUUGUUACAGGCAUACCCGGGUUACUGAAGGCUUUCCUUCCUAAAAAUUUGUCUGUAAUGUGGGACCACUUUUCCCAUUGACUCCAAUUAUAUAAUUUUAGAUGAAUUCCGAUAGAAUUUUUUGGCCCAAAAAUGUAAUACAAGCACAUACAGUUUAUGAAUGAAAAUAAAGUUUUAAACACA